AUGGAAAACUCUCUAACCAAGCAGAACAAGACCAUUAGUGAUGAACUAGCCAGGCUUGAAUCUCAAACAGACAAAAUGCAGGAUGAGGACGAUAAUUUGUGGGCAGAAGUUCAAGAUCUGCAGGAAAAAGAGAAUAUCCUAACUGCAAAGAACCAGAGCCUGAGUGAUGAGGUUAACAAAGUCUUUCUGAAGGAGCAGAAUGAGAGCGUCACCAAGAAGUUGGCUCCACUUGAGUCCCUGACAGUGAAACAAAAUGAGAAGAUUGAAAACCUGAAGAAAGAUGUGCAAGCUCUUCAGUACCAAGUAAAGGAUGCUGAGCAAAGCAUCUGUAUUAAGGAUGAGAUAAUAAACACCCUCAUUCAAGAUGUCCGAGACCUCUUGGGAAGUGGUGCUGAACAACCUCUCCCCUCACACUGGAGGAACAGGCAAACUUCCUCUCUGGAGAAUUGGACAGUGAUGAGGCCCGUCAUGGUGAACAAUAUGUUGUCAUCUGAGAAGCCCAAGGAGGGGGUUUGCCAUCACUGUGGACACAAUGCUACUGUAGUGAUGUGUAGGGACUGUCUACCACGAUCACUCUACUGCACAGCCUGUGACCUUUCCACACAUGAGGCCCUGGUGCUUCAUAACAGAGCAUCCAUGGUGGAGGGGUUCUUCAGACACCUGCCACCAUCCACCUUUGUUCAGCAGCACGAGGGAGGGAAAUUCUCCUAUCAUGAAAAAGGAAGAUACAACCUCUUCCUUCCAUCAGUAAACUGCUCCUGUGGAAAAACCUUGCCAGUGACCAUAAGUGAUCUGGUUGAAAGUGGUUACUGGCCAGCCACUGUCAAUUUUGAGACCUUGUACAUGGUGGACUUGUUCACCACGUAUGAGGAUCUAAAAAUCACCGCCCCAGGGAUGUCAAGACAAGCUUUUGUCAGCAUGCUCGAGGGUCGAACGAAACUCUUUGGGCGAAGUGGUAAGAUAUGUGGGGACACAAUGCAGAGGGCCUUCCUCGAAUGGGCCUAUGCCAAAUUUGAGGUUGACAAGCUGUCUCAGGUCCAGCACUUUCAGUGCCCUGCAUGCACACCCUCCAUGUUGGCAGUUGCAGUGGAUGGGAACCGCAAAUUAUAUCGUUUCAAAAGCCAACCAGGACCUGAUGGGUUUUUUGAUGGAGUCUUUUUGGCCAGUGAUCCUGAGGUGUCCUCAUUUGUUGAUUACAUCCAUGGAACAACUGGACAUAAUCCAGGGAAAGGGAGAUGUGGUGCGGGUCAGUGGACAGCAGCACGAGAGUCCGCCAACAAGUCUGCAAGCAAACUAGACGAGGAAGGUGUUGAAGUUGCUGUCUGCCGUCAUGGGGUUCUGCUGAAGGGACUGAAUAUGUUCCGUGGAGAAAUAUUUGCAUACCCGUUAUAUCUCCAGAAACAGCUCGCUUCACAUACUGUCCAGUUUUUUUGCUCUGAUGUGGUCUGCAAAUAUUGGCCAUAUCUGCAGAGAGUUGUGGACCACUGUCCAGAGUUGGAGGACUUGCUGAACAUGCGCCCAUUUCUCUCCAUCAUGCAUGCAAAAGCGCAUUCAUGGAUGUGUGAGUUAAAAUGGGGUGGACGCAAUCAAGAAGGAGCUGGAACAACAAUCGGGGAGGAGGUUGAACAGGUUAACAGCUUCCUCUCCAGAGCAGCCAUAUGUUCCAAGUACAUGUCAAAAGCCGUCCGCACAGACAUGCUGACUAUCCAGGCAAGUGGCUGGAACAAGCGAAAGGCAGAAAACCUUGACCGGACACUGGCCAAAAGAUACAUCAAGACUGUACAAAGGAUCACAGAGGCAUCAAAGGACCUGGAGAAACUCACCACUGAGUUAUCUCUACAGCAAGACACAGUUCAGCAGUGGGUGGCUGAUGUUCAGCAGUGGUCCUCAGGAGCAACAAUCCAAAAUGACCUGCAGAAGACCAUCGAGGGAUUAUAUCUGGGCAUCAAACAGCGAAAGUUUCAGCUGUAUCGUCAGUCCGGUGGGAAUAAGCGAAGGCAUCAACUGAGAAGAAAGAUUGUUGUUGAGAAGAAAGCCUUGGAAGUUGCCAUCAAUGACCACAAUGCUACUGUGGGGGAAGAUGAAAAACUGCCUCCUCCCAAUGAACUCCUGGCUAUGGACAACUACUCCUGGCCAUGGGAAUGCAGUACAGCCGGAUUAAUGGAGAAAGGACGUGAGGGACUACUCUGUGUGCUGAAGAGAAGAUUGUGUGAAGUUGAAGCACAACUGGCCACAGCACGCACAACAUACAAAAGUAUUCUUGGACUGCAAACAUUGUCCUUAGAUGACUUCUCGGAAGAGGAAGACUCAGAGAAUUCUUCCUCAAGUGAUGAGGAACUGGGAGAGUAG